CCAUUUUUUCGCCCACAGCACCUCCGAGACUUCUACGAGAACUCAGUCCGCUCCAACUUUGUUGUUGUUGGUGCUACUAUAUAUUUAUUGUAUUGAAUUGAAUUGAAGAUGCCGGGCAUUGCGAUCAUUGGCGACAGCCGCAAUGCGACCAGGAACAGACCGACGAGCUUGCCUGCCGAAGCCCGUAGUCUGUCUCGGCUGCUGCGGCUGCUCGAGUCUCCAGCGACAGCGUCCUCCGCGCUGCUGGAAUCUCUGCAGAGCUUUCCCCAUUUGGAGGAUCCCAAGCAACGCGCCGCAGUUGUCCGCGUCAAGGAUCAGGUGUCCGGUUUGAUCCAAGACAUGACAGAGGCUGGUUGGAUAACUUUUGCCGAUCGAUAUCCCGAGUACAACAUGGCGGUUGCAGUAGAGUCGGUGCUCCAGAAUCCAUCCUCCUUCUGCUCCAUUCCCACCGAACAACCGCGACAACUCACACCGCGCAAAAAGGCAAAAGCAACUACACCAUCCACCCUUGAAGAGAAAAGCCUUUCGGAUGGAUCUAGUGUCAUUCCAGUCAACAACAACAUCAACAACAACCCAAACAACAAGCUGCGAAAGAUGACACCCAAACAAACCGGAACAACACAGACCAGCCCUGCUGCUGCUUCGGUGGCCGUUGUGAGUGACACCAGCUCUGCGGACGAAGACGAAAAUUCCAGCACAGACGAAGAGAGACGACAAGCUACAAUGACCGCCACCGAACAAACGCAACAACAAGAGCAGCAACUGGUCGAAAUAGGGGACUUUCCACACAUGCCUGCGAGGGACAUUUGGGCGGUGCUUCUGGAAUCCACGCACCUGCAGGUUGCCUCGAGAACCACCAAAGUGUGGGGGAGGAAGAAAAUUUACGAAGUAUACCAACUGGCAAACCCUGUGCAGGAUUUUGCCGCAGACCAAGAGGGCAUUCUUCGGUGCCGCUUGGAAGCAGAAGCUCGAUCCCUGUUCGAAGGCGUCAUCCCGGGGUUGUCCGAUGCCAACCAUAUUCGAGUCUAUACAACUCUACAGCCACUGGCUGGAUUGAACAUUUCACGGGCACUCUACGUGCAAAUCAACUUGCACAAACUCUACGACCUGCAGGAUGAAACCAAUCGAGCCGUUUCGGGAGAAAAGAAAAAGAAGGCCGAAAAGGAAUUUGUCGCUGUCCUCAUUCCUGGAUCUCCGUUUUUUGCCUUGACGGCUAGCCGGGCACCAUCGCGGUCUCGAUACACUCCGUAUGCGUUCGCUGUCUUGGAACGUGUCCUGACGGAAACUACUGCCAAAACAUUCGCGGCCGCUUCCAAACGCAAAACGGACAGUGAUAACCAAGAUGUCUCGGUCAAGCGCUUUGGCGAUUUGUCAGGAACAGAGCCGGAGGAGCUCUUGCGUGCCGCCAGGUCUAUUGUCGACGGAGAAGCUACAGGGAGAUUUGUCUUUAUGGCUGCCAAGGAUCAAUCAAACCCAAUCGACGAUCUGCACACGGCAACAACCAGCAAUCUCUUGUUGCGACCAGAAAAUACUAGUAAUCUAGAGGACACACGACAAAUAAUCAAAGGAGCACGUGUGGUGGCAGCCAACGGCGACAAUCUGUGGGUAGACCACUCUGUCAAGGAAAAACAAUCCAGAAAACGGGCCCGUGAAAUGGCACUCGGUGGACGUGACGAUUGUCCCAAACUAGGUCGCAUUUGCUGGAGGUGGUCCGGUGAAACUACUGCCACAUCGACCUGUUGGCGACACGGCAACAACAACAACAAAGAACUCACUGCAGCCGAACAGGAAUACUUGCCAAAAACAGAGUUCAAGUGUGCCGUAGUGAUGAAAGGUGACAAUGUGCUUGGAGGGAUACAAGCAUUGAUUGAUAGCGGGCUUAUGGAAGCACCACUUCCGGAUUUCAUUCGAGAGGCCCCGUCCUCCGGUGGGACUAUUCGAGUGAUUCAUGGAUCGUCGUUUGCUAAAACAGACGCACCGUUUGAGGAAGUUUGAGAGACCACAUCACAUGGCUGUGAACUUAUUUGAUAUAGGGCUACUGUAAUUUAUGAAAUUUGAGAGUAGAUGUAGUAACACGCACUAGUCUACAUGUAUGAAAUAGG